CAACAUUAAUGCCCCGAUGGUGGGCAUGCCAUCUCAGUCGCACACAUUAGAGAGUGACAUUCGCAGUUUUCAUCCGGGCAGAAAAAGGCGUUUUCUGAGCCAAAAAUGGCUCACUUCCUGGCCAACACCACUGUACAGUACGCCUGUGCCUGUGGCAUCCUCCACCCACUCACGAAGCUCUUCUUCUGUCGCCACUGUCUCGUGUUGCGAUGCGAUUUCUGCCUGUGCCACGAAGUCGACUCCCACUUCUGCUACAACUGCGUGGAAAACAUCCCAUCCUCGGAGGCGAAGCUGAAGAAAUACAAGUGCAGCAGCUGCUUCGACUGCCCCAGCUGCCAGCACACCCUCUCCGCCAGAGCUACAACGGUCACGGUGCCGCGGAAGGGUGAUGAGGAGGCUUCUGGCGAUGCGAAGCAGUCGUCCGUGAUCACCCGGAAGAUGUACUAUUUGGCAUGCCUGGCGUGUCGCUGGACGUCCCGGGAUGUGGGCAUUCCGGACCAGACUGUGGCCACGGGUUCCUGGCCCGAGAGCGAGUACGCUCACGCCACGAGAUUCGCUCUCCUCAUGGAACACUUCCAGGCCGUGGUGUUGCGGGAUAAGCAGGAGCGUCAGGACUAUCUGCGCCGCAAGACGCCGAAGCAGCACAAGUAUCCCAGCUUGACGGAUCGCACGGGACUGACGGUGUCCAUGAUCCGUCGCCAGAUGGGCUGGUCGGACAAGACUCCGCCCAAGACCAAACCGAUCGACGUGAAGCCCUCGGAAGCCACUGAAGAGGUCGACCAGCUGCCCGACUCGAUCUUCACGGAGCCAGUGAAUCUGAGGGAACUCACUACGAUCAGGCAGCAACUGGCACAGCCGGCUGGCCAGCCCGUGACCGUGCGUCAUCUCUUCCCGCAGCACAAGAGUCUCACCAUCAAGCGUUCUCUGCGCUGUCGUCAGUGCGAACACAACAUCAUCAAGCCCGAAUACAAUCCAUCAUCCAUCAAGUAUCGCAUCCAACUCUUUGCGUCUCACCACGUGCCCGAGAUUCGCGUGGUGCAGCUCCCGGAGAAGCUGCAGGCCGGCGUGGCCACGACGCUGCAGCUCAAGUUCUCGAAUCCCACGAUCUAUGAGAUGACUGUGGGCAUGAAAGAGCUGCCGUCGACCGACGAGGAGACUGCCCUGAUAGAGGAGAUGAAGAGGGCCACGGUGACAUCCACACCAACCAGUCUCAAUGCUUCCCUCUCGCGCCAAGUGUCUCUCACGGAGGAGCCUCGAAGCGUGGACAAGCGCGUGACGGUGAAGACGGAUCUCCCGGACGAGUCUUUCGUGCUCCUCCAUCGGGAUGACGCUGCUGAGUUUGAUGAUGAUACGCAGCUCCCCAAAGGGGAUCCCAAAUUCAUUUUGUGGCGUCGCGCCAAUAAAGCUUGCGUGGAGCUCUCAAUUGAGCCGCAGGAUAAUUUGGCGCCCGGCUCGGAGGCGAUCAUCGGCUUCACCGUGCAGUAUUCCUACGUGAACACUGUCCAGGUGCCUGAGAAGAAGGAUCCGCAGACUCACACGCUCUCAUCUCGCGUUUAUAUCCAUUGCGGCACGGUUUCCGCCAAGUAACCACGAUAUUUAACCAUCCUUAUUGCUUUUAUGUGGCUUUCUACAGUGCAUUAAUAAAUAAACAUUGCAUAUUUAUACA